CAGUCAGGAUUUAGGCAUGGUGAUUCUACUAUUAAUCAAUUGAUCGCCAUAGUUCAUGAGAUCUUAUUAGCUUUUGAUAAUAGUGAACGAGUCUUAAGUGUUUUUCUAGAUUUUCGCAAGGCAUUUGACACCGUUAUGCAUAAGGGUUUACUAGUAAAGUUAAAAGCAAAAGGAUUACCACCGUCCUCAGUGAAUUGGUUUGAAAGCUAUCUCUUAAAUAGAGAAAUUGUGACCACGGUAGACGGUAUUACAUCGUCAGCAAGAAUCGUUGAUAGAGGAGUGCCCCAAGGCUCGGUCUUGCGACCGUUACUGUUUUUGAUUUUUAUUGAUGAUCUUGGUGAUAAUGUUAGUGCAACAAUGCGAUUAUUUGCUGACGAUGCCUCACUCUACCGCGUUACAGAGGAAAACGAUAUUAGAAAAGUUAUAGACCAAGUAAAUAAAGAUUUACUCUUAAUUUACGGAUGGUCUAUAACUUGGAAAUUGUAUUUAAAUAUUGAUAAAUGUAAAGCUAUGAUUUUUUCUACUCGUGAACGCAAUACUCUCGCUUCGCUACCACCCGUCGAAGGUUUCCAUAUACAUCAAUCGACAACAAUAGGUGUAGAAAUGGAAACUAGCGGUGUUGGAUCAAGUGGAAAUGGUGACAGUACAGUAGUAGCAACAAAUGGAAUUUUGACCGAGACGAGCAGUGGUGGAUGUGGUGCUUGUGGUAGCGGCUUGGGAUGGUCAAACACUGGUAGCAUGAAUAAUAGGCGAGUUUACCACACAGCAUGCGUAUUAACAAAUGGAAAAGUGUUAGUUACAGGUGGAUAUGAUAAUGCUGGUUAUCCAAAUAGUUCUGAAUUGUAUGAUGUAUCAACGGGGACUUGGUCAUAUACUAGUAGCAUGAAUAAUGCACGAGCUUCCCACACAGCAUCCGUAUUAACAAAUGGAAAAGUGUUAGUUACAGGUGGAUAUGAUAAUGCUAUUUAUACAAAUAGUUCUGAAUUGUAUGAUGUAUCAACGGGGAUUUGGUCAUAUACUAGUGGCAUGAAUAAUGCACGAGCUUACCACACAGCAUCCGUAUUAACAAAUGGAAAAGUGUUAGUUACAGGUGGAUAUGAUAAUGUUAUUUAUACAACUAGUGCAGAACUAUAUUGA